AUGGAGUUCUACGUUCUGCCCAAGGUAACGGAGGAUCUUCCCACGUCCAACAUUUCUAUUUCUACUUGGCGCUUACCAGAAGAAAUAAAAUUGGCUGAUCCGGACUUUUUCAAAUCCAAUCCUAUCGAUCUUCUUCUUGGUGGCGAGUAUUUUUUCUGCUUUUUCCCAACAAAGCAACGGAUUCAACUGGGUGAAGGACUUCCAAUGUUGGUACACUCAGUUUUCGGAUGGCUGGUUACUGGUCGAUGGGGUGUAAGCAGUGGAGAGGCUCCUAUCUUAUGCCAACAUUCAUCAAUCUCACAAUCCUUGGAAAAAUUGAUGAGCAAAUUUUGGGAAAUCGAAGAAGGUCGGUCUUCGUCCAAAUAUUCCGUGGAAGAAACCCGAUGUGAGGAAAUUUUUAUUGAGACGUUAAAAAGAGCAGACGAUGGUCGGUACAUAGUUGGUUUGCCGAAAUCCCCCGAAGCGGUGGCUCGUCUCGGAGAAUCGAAAUCUGCUGCUCUACGAAGAUUGCUACAAUUAGAACGCCGUCUAGGUCAGAACGAAUCGCUGAGGAACGAAUACAAUGACUUCAUGUCUGAAUAUUUAAGUCAUGGUCAUAUAAAAAAGGUUAUGGAACCGAAUGAUAAUAUUCCCCACUUCUAUCUUCCCCACCAUCCGGUAAUCAAAGCUUCUAGCACCACAACACGUGUUCGGGUUGUGUUCGAUGCCUCGGCAAAAUCAACAAAUGGAAUCUCCCUCAACGACGCACUUUUAAAUGGGCCAGUGAUUCAAGAUGAUUUGCGAACGUUGAUAAUUCGAAGCAGGUUUUUCCCCAUAAUUCUGAUUGCCGAUGUUGAAAAGAUGUUUCGGCAGGUUUGGAUUGAUGCUGCAGACUUGCCACUACAGCGAAUUCUGUGGCGUUUUUCCCCAACUGACCCCAUCCACACAUUUGAACUUUUGACCGUUACUUACGGCACAAAGCCAGCUCCAUUUCUUGCGACACGUUGUCUGAAACAGCUGAGUUUAGAUGAGGCGGAAAAUUACCCUUUGGCUGCAAAAAGACUUGGAAAAGACGUUUACAUGGACGACGUCAUCACGGGAGCUAUGGAUGUAGAUGAAGCAAAGGUGCUUCGGAAACAGCUCGACGAUCUCACUCAAAGUGGCGGAUUUCGUCUGCGGAAAUGGGUGUCCAAUAUUCCAGCGGCCCUUGAAGGUAUUAGCAAGGACAAUUUGGCCAUUCCGUUUGGUGACGGGAUUGAUUUUGAAGCUGAGAAAACAGUUAAAACCCUAGGAUUGGUUUGGGAGCCAAAAACGGAUACUUUUCGGUUCAAUUUGGAGUUUUCACCAGACUCAUCGGAAACUCUUACCAAAAGAGUUAUUCUAUCUCGAAUUGCGAAAAUUUUCGAUCCUCUUGGAAUGCUUGGACCCGUUGUCACAAGAGCUAAACUAUUCAUGCAAGAAAUUUGGCUGCUGAAAAAUUCAAGCAACGAAGCUCUUGGUUGGGACGACAAUUUACCCGAAGAACUUGUUAGAAGAUGGACCAAAUUUUAUUCACUAUUACCAAAACUUCAAGUCUUGCGUAUACCCCGUUUUGUUGGAAUUUAUCAUCCUGUUUCUUCGGAGCUUCACUUUUAUUCCGACGCUUCCGAAGCAGCAUACGGUGCUUGCGUGUACCUGCGUUCUCAAGAUGAUAAUGGACAGGUGACCGUGUCGCUGAUCACAUCGAGAUCUCGCGUUUCCCCAUUGAAAAAGGUUACCAUCCCCAGGUUGGAAUUGUGUGGCGCCUUUAUUUCGGCAGAAUUACUUCAAAGGAUAACGGAAGCCAUGAAUAUCCCAUACACAUCCUAUUUUUGGACGGAUUCUAGGACGGUUUUGCAGUGGCUAGCUCAGCCACCAAGCACCUGGUCAACGUUUGUAGCAAACCGAGUUUCUUUCAUCCAAAAUGCUACCCAUAAUUCUCAUUGGAUCCACGUACCUGGACUACUCAACCCGGCAGAUCAGCUUUCGAGAGGUUUGGAUCCGGAAUUGGUGAUUCACGACGAAGCAUGGUGGAAUGGACCACCGUGGCUAGCCCAGGAGCAAGAAUUUUGGCCAAAGCAGUUAGAAUCACACCCCGAGGCUGAAAAUAUUGAUUUAGAGCGCAAGCGCAUCUCAAAUCCCAACAUUAUUUCCCCCAAUUCAAAAAACGAAUUUAGUGAUUGGUAUUUUUCCCAGUUCAACAAUUACACUAAGUUGGUUCGAACUACCGCUUAUUUACGACGCUUUUUGAAGUAUCUACGAACCCCAGAUAAGGAGAAAAUAAAUUCGACACCUCUUCUCACUCAAGAACUCCACGAUGCAGAACACCGACUGGUUCGUAUGGUACAAAAAGAUUAUUUCCCCCAAGAGUAUUGCGCCUUACAAAAAGGUGAUCCAGUACAUCGAUCAUCCAAACUUCGUUGGUACGUCCCGAGACUCGACGAGGAUGGACUUAUUCGCAUUGGUGGCCGACUGCAAAAUUCCGAACAGCCCGAAGAUGCGAAACACCCGAUGGUCAUCCCAGGAAAACACCCGUUUGCAAAGCUACUAGCUGAUUAUUAUCAUCGCCGUCUACUACAUGCCGGUUGUCAACUGCUGUUGAGCACGAUUCGACUGAAAUUUUGGCCGCUAGGAGGAAGGAAUUUGUGUCGAAAGGUUAUCCACAAAUGUUUGAUUUGUUUCCGAGCAAAACCCAACUUACAACAGCAAUUUAUGUCCCAAUUACCGAAAACUAGAAUUACCAUUUCAAAACCAUUCACCAACACCGGCGUCGAUUAUUUUGGGCCAGUUUAUAUUCGACAAGGCUUUCGCAAAGGUCCCGUGAAGGCGUACGUGGCCGUCUUUGUUUGUUUUGCCACAAAGGCAGUCCAUUUGGAACUAGUUUCCGAUUUGUCCACCCCGAGAUUCAUCCAGGCACUUCGUCGUUUUAUAGCAAGGAGGGGUAAAUGUAGCAACAUAUAUUCCGACAACGGAACGAAUUUCGUCGGAGCGCGAAAUAGUAUGAAGGAACUGAUAAAGAAGCUGAAAUCCCGAACCCACCAUGACGAAAUCCAAAAUGAAUGCAGCCAAAACGGCAUUAACUGGCACUUCAUCCCCCCUGGCUCUCCCCACUUUGGCGGACUCUGGGAAGCCGCUGUCCGAUCCGCUAAGAAACACCUCCUCCGUGUGUUAGGUACCUCCUCCGCUUCCCAAGAAGACUACAUCACUCUCCUCGCCCAAGUUGAAGCCUGCCUCAAUUCGCGCCCGCUGACCCAGCUCACCGAUGAUCCCACCGACCUAGAACCGCUCACCCCUGGCCACUUCCUCAUCGGAUCCUCGAUGCAAACACUCCCCGACGAAGAAUUGAGCAGCGUUCCUGAGAAUCGGCUAAACCAACUUCAGCUCAAGCAGCAGCAACUCGACCGUUUCUGGCGACGGUGGAGCACCGAAUACCUGACACAGCUUCAAGCUCGUGUCAAAAAUUGGCAUCCAGCCCGGCAGACUCGUCAUCAUGAUCGACGAAAACCAACCCUCGAUGAACUGGAAAAUGGCCCGUAUCCAUCAACUACACCCUGGCGACGACGGUGUGACGAGAGUCGUUACAUUAAAGACGGCUAA